UUGGGAAUCAGGUAGGAUCUUUCGGGGGCUCGCCGGCGAUUCUUGAUCGCCGCAGGGAGAGGAAUCGAUCGGUCGGUCGGUCGACCAAUGGGCCACGCCGUGGACGGCCGUCUGGAGGAGCUGCUCUCCAGCGGCGGCGCCGCUGGCGAGGCGGCGCGGCGCGUGGCGGCGGCGGCGGCGGUGGAGCUCCGCCUGCUGGCGCCGCUGGCCGCGCCGGCGGUGGUGGUGUACAUGCUGAUCAUCGUGAUGUCCUCCGCCACGCAGAUCUUCUGCGGGCAGCUCGGCAACGUCGAGCUCGCCGCCGCCUCCCUCGGCAACAACGGCAUCCAGGUCUUCGCCUACGGCCUCAUGCUCGGGAUGGGCAGCGCGGUGGAGACGCUGUGCGGACAGGCGUACGGCGCCGGGAGGCACGAGAUGCUGGGCGUCUACCUGCAGCGGUCGGCGGUGCUGCUCACGGCGGCCGGCGUGCCGCUGGCGGCGCUGUACGCCUGCUCGGAGCGGGUCCUCCUCCUCCUCGGCCAGUCGCCGGAGAUCGCCCGCGCCGCGGCGGGGUUCGCCUACGGCCUCAUCCCGCAGAUCUUCGCCUACGCCAUCAACUUCCCGAUCCAGAAGUUCCUCCAGGCGCAGAGCAUCGUGGCGCCCAGCGCCGCCGUGCUGGCGGCGAGCUUCGCGCUCCACCUGCCGCUGAGCUGGGCGGCGGUGCACGGCCUCGGCCUGGGUCUCCCCGGCGCCGCGCUGGCGCUGAGCGCCACGUGGUGGGUGCUCGUCGCCGGGCAGUUCGCGUACAUCGUGUGGAGCCCCCGGUGCGCGACGACGUGGACGGGCUUCACGUGGGCGGCGUUUGACGACCUCGCCGCGUUCGCCAGGCUAUCCGCCGCGUCGGCGGUGAUGCUGGCGCUGGAGGUGUGGUACUUCCAGGUGCUCAUCCUCCUCGCCGGCAUGCUCCCCGACCCGCAGAUCGCCCUCGACGCGCUCACCGUGUGCACGUCGAUACAGUCCUGGGUGUUCAUGAUCUCCGUGGGCUUCAACGCUGCUGCAAGUGUGAGGGUAGGCAACGAGCUCGGCGCCGGGAACCCCAGGUCGGCGGCGUUCUCCACAUGGAUGGUCACCGCGCUCUCGGCGUUCAUUGCUGCCAUAGCAGGCGUCGUGGUCAUCCUGCUCAGGGACAGGCUCAGCUACAUCUUCACCCAGGGUGAGGCUGUCUCGCGUGCCGUCUCCGACCUCUGCCCCCUGCUCGUUGGCACCAUCGUGCUGUGCGGGAUCCAGCCCGUGUUAUCAGGUGUGGCUGUUGGCUGUGGGUGGCAAGCAUUGGUAGCAUACAUUAACAUUGGAUGCUACUACUUGAUCGGCCUACCCCUCGGUGUGCUUCUGGGCUUCAAAUUUGACUUUGGAAUCAAGGGAUUGUGGGGAGGCAUGAUUGGAGGCACACUCAUCCAAACACUUAUUUUAAUAUGGAUCACAUUCAGAACAGAUUGGAACAAGGAGGUCGAGGAUGCAAGGAGAAGAUUAGAUAAGUGGGACGACACAAAGCAGCCUUUUCUUGUUACAGACAAUCAGUGAUAAUAUUAGAAGAAAAUAAGGAGCUAAUAUAUGUGUGCUACAAAUUCGUCAGACACGGCACCAUCUCAUCUGCCACUACUAACUGCUACUGCAAUGAUAAGACUGUCCUAGAUGGCUGGAAUUGAAUCAGCAAUACUUAGUGCCUGUUUGGAUACCUGACUUUUUUUUAAGUGUACGUCAUAUCAAAUGUUUAGACACUAAUUAGAAAUAUUAAUAAUAGACUAUUAA